AUGAUGGUCUUAGGGAAGGGGAAAAACAGCGCGAAAGAAAUUCGGAGUAUGCUGGAGUCGACCUGCAGGGCCUUCUUCAACCUGCAAGGAGUCCAGCUCCGUCCCGCCCCGGAUGCAGUCAUGACGACCCACUGUGCUCGAGUGGUAGAGAGCGCACCCGCACAGAACAGAUCCGAAGCGGUAGAGGGACAGAUAGACGUACCUGCCGCAAACCGGGACGCAAAUCCAAGAGUUGGGUUUAUUUCAUAUUCCCGCCGACCUGCACCGGGGGAUGCACUACUGAGUGGCCCGACAUCAAGGUCAGCCACUGCGGACGAGCGUGAUAGGUCUGGAGUUAGGCAGCUCAGGUUUGCUGAUCGGGUUAGGAGGCCGCGGGAACGCGAAGCACGGACGGAGACCGACUUGGCAAGUGUAGCAGAUGAAGGCGAGGAGGGUGUAGAAGAUCCACAGCUGCCAAGUCAGGUCAAACAGGCAGAGGAGCAGUGGAGGAAGGCGGCUGAUGAAAAGCGGAUGGGCGAAGCAGAAGCCAAGAGUAGACGGGCUGAAGAGAUGCAACGGCGCAGUGAUGGCGACACCGAUCCUACCGUCUCUUUCCCGGGAACUGGAGACAUACGUGAAGCAUGGGAGCGUGGGGCACGAGCCGCUGCAAGGGCACACGUGGGAGAGGCAGGAGAGGAGCUCGCCAGCAAUGUGCGGCAGCAUAUCGAGGAGGAUAGGGGAUACGUGAAAGUUCGCUUGCCCAGCCUAAAGCGGAAGGCGGCUGAAGAGGCCCGGAGAGGGGACGUCGACGUGCCAGAGAAUUCGGGAGAGGCGAAAAAGAAGGAGGAGAGCAACGCUGGUGCUAAGGCUCAUAAGAUGGUGGAGGUAGAGGCGCACCAGAAUGCAGAGGAUGCGGCCCAUCAGUUCGUCGAUGCAGAGGCGGCACUUACGGCAAUGGACGGGGCGCCAACGGAAGCAGAGUCUGCGGCGCAGCAGAAGGUGGGUGCAGAGGCGGUCAAGGGUGCGGAGGCAGUCGCGCGUAAAGAAGCGGGUGCAGCAGCAGAGCUGACGUCGGAGGCAGUCGAGCUGAUGGUAGUGGAGGCAGUGGCGCAGAAGGAAUCAGAGGCAAUGGCGAGCCAGAAGGAUGAGGCAGCGGCGCAGCAGAAUGAUGAGGCAGACGCACAUAAGGAAUCAGCGGCAGCAGCGCAGCCGAAGGAUGAGGGUGCGGCGCCCAGGAUGGUUGAGGCAGAGGCACAGAAGGAAUCAGAGGCAGCGGCGCAGCAGAAGGAGGAGGGUGCGGCGCCGAAGAUGGUUGAGGCAGAGGCGCAGAAGGCAUCAGAGGCAGCGGCGCUGCAGAAGGAGGAGGGUGCGGCGCCGAAGAUGGUUGAGGCAGAGGCGCAGAAGGCAUCAGAGGCAGCGGCGCUGCAGAAGGAGGAGGGUGCGGCGCCGAACAUGGUUGAGGCAGAGGCGCAGAAGGAAUCAGAGGCAGCGGCGCUGCAGAAGGAGGAGGGUGCGGCGCCGAACAUGGUUGAGGCAGAGGCGCAGAGGGAAUCAGAGGCAGCGGCGAGGGAGAAGGAUAAGGCAGCGGCGCUGCAUAUGGAGGAGGCAGACGCACAUAAGGAAGGAGAGGCUCGGAAUAAGGCAGAAGCAGCGGUGCGGCAGAAGGCGGAGGCAGAGGAGCAGAAACAGGCUGCGGAAGAGGCACUACAACUGGCUCGGGCAGAAGCGCGGAAGAAGGCUGUUGUAGAGGCGCAGAAGAAGGCAGAGGGUGAGGCGCAGAAGAUGGCAGAGGCCGAGGAGCAGAAGCAGGCUGAGGCAGACGCACGUAGGAAGCCAGAUGGAGAGGACGGUUCAGAUGGGAAUAAAAUGGUACAGACAGAGGGACGGGAGACGGCGGGUGCUGAGGGGCACAUCAUCGCAGAGGAAGAGGGGCAGCAUAACGAGGAGGCAGCGUCGCAGGUAUUCGCAUACCGAGAGACGCAGAGCAUGGCAGAGACAGGGCGUCAAAAUACUAUGGAGGAGGUUCGUGUCGUCCCGGAGGCUGGAGUGGGGCACUACGAGGGAGAUGCGCUGGAAACAGAAGAGGAGCAGAAUGAGGAGGAUACGGUACAUCCGGCAGUCCGGAUAUUUUUGGGAGGAAGUCCGACGCGGGGACCAGGAACCGGGGUAGAGGGGCCAUGGAGGGUGGCAGACGAUGGGGCGCCUAGGGAUACAGUGGAUCUCAACAGGCAAAGGCGGCCCACCCUUCACCAGAGAGCAGUGGAGAGGAAUCUCGGCCAAGGCGGGGUGGCAGAAGCGUUUUGGCAGGUAGAGUGGGUCGAGGCAGAGACGGCAAUACGGCGGAUGCUGCAUCGGACGAGUACAGUCUUGGUCGAACAAGGUGACAGGUUCGUCGAGGCCGAAAGCUGGGACAUAAGCCCGGCAGAGGUAACGCAUCGUCUGACGCUCUUAGCCCAAAUGGUGACGCAGACGUUCUGCAACUUGGCGGCCCGCAACAGCAGCAUCAGUCGCGACGUGGCCGAUCUGACCGUCCAUUACUGUCGCGACGCCCUGGCCAACCUGGAAGAAGUCCGCCAUGGAAACGAGGAACGGCGGCGCCAAGCUGAAACGGCGACCAGGUUUCGCGAGGAGGUGGACACGAGACUCUCCAACUUGCAGGAGAGUAUCGUAAGGAUGAGUGAUCAGGUUCGCCAGUCGGGAGGGGGGAUGGCGGAGGGCACGUUAAAGAGGGUGGAAGAGAGGUUGAGAGAGGUUCUGAGAGAAGACUCUGAGCGGCGGAACAGGGAUAGACUGCAGGAUGAGGAGCGGAAGCAGAAGGCCACGAGGAAGGAAGCAGACGCCGCAGAGAGACGGAAGAAGGAACAACAGCAGGAGGAAGCGCGUCGGCAAAAGGAGAUGAGAGAGGGAAUGAAGGAGAUGAAGGAGGCGAUGAUGAAGGAGAUGAAGGCAGAAAUGAAGGAGAUGAAGGAUGGGAUGGUAAACCAGAUUGUGGGGAGGUUGAGCGCGGUUUUGCGAGAAGAAUCCGAGCGGCAGAAGGAGAGGCAAGUGGACGCGGAGCGGCGACAACAGCAGGACGCGAAUAGGAAACAAGUGGCGGACGACGAGGAGAGACACAAGAGGAAACAACUGGACGAGCAAUGGCGGAAGGAGGAGGAGGUGAAGAGGAAGGAUGUAGAGGCCACAGAGCGGCGGAGGAAGAACAAACAUCAGGAGGAAGAGCGACGGCAGAAGGAGGUGGAGGCGGGAAUGAAGGAAGUGAUGGAGGCUGUGAAGGAGAUGAAGACGGGGAUCAAGGGGUGGAAGGAGGGGAUGCUAAGUGAGGGUAGGAAGGCAACGAAGGGAGAUCGGCGACAGAAGGAGGAUACGCAGAGGAAGGAGGCAGAGGAAGCAGAGCGGGUGGAGAGGGAGAAACAGCAAGAGAUGGCGCUCCUGCAGAAGGAAGAGGCGCAGCGGAAAGAUGCAGAGGAGGCCGAGAGGCAGGAGAGGGAGAAACAGCAGGAGAUGGCGUGCCUGCAGGAGGAGGAGAGGCAGAGGAAGGAGGCAGAGGAGGUAGAGCGGCGUCAGAGGGCGAAACAGCAGGAAUUGGACCGCCUGCAGAAGGAGGAGACGCAGAAGAAGGAGGCAGAGGAGGCCGAGCGGCAGCAGCGGGCGAAUCAGCAGGAGAUGGAGCGCCUACAGAAGGAGGAAGCGCAUAAGAAGGAGGUAGAGGAGGCCAAGCAGCAGCAGAGGGCGAAACAGCAGGAGAUGGAGCGCCUGCAGAAGGAGGAAGCGCAGAAGAAGGAGGCAGAGGAGGCCGAGCGGCAGCAGAGGGCGAAACAGCAGGAGAUGGAGCGCCUGCAGAAGGAGGAAGCGCAGAAGAAGGAGGCAGAGGAGGCCGAGCGGCAGCAUAGGGCGAAACAGCAGGAGAUGGAGCGCCUGCAGAAGGAGGAAGCGCAGAAGAAGGAGGCAGAAGAGGCCGAGCGGCAGCAGAGGGCGAAACAGCAGGAGAUGGAGCGCCUGCAGAAGGCGGAGCAGUGCCGAGCAGAGAAGAGGGCCAGACUUGCAUCCUACGCGGAACAGCAGUGGCAACUGGAGGCAAAGGCAAAGGCGAUGGCUGAAGAGACGGAACGAUCGGCAAGGGAGAUGGAAGAGGAGGAUUUGACCAUGCAGGGGGAGGGGACCUGGACAGGAGCCGAGGAGGAAAUAGCUGAGGGGCUGGGGAGUUUGCUGUUGAUUGAGAGCGGGGAGGCGAAUGUAGUAGAGGGCGUGGCUAGUGUUCCUGUACGGAAUGUAGAGGUGUCCAGGAGGCGGCCUAGACAAGAGGACAGGGAGCCGGAGGGUCAUGCGGCUAAGAGACGGCGUGCAGCUGGAAUACAGGAGUUGAUACCCAUAAUCCAAGGGGAAAAGAAAGGGAUGAAGAUCGACAAGUGUGACAACAGGAAAAACGCCGCAGUGGACGACAAGGGUAAGACUUUGGGUGUCUGCCUACCGUUCAGGGGAAGCGGGUUCUCUCAACGGGGCGAGGGAGCUUUGCAGAAGUGGACGUCUGAGCAGACCGUCGGCGGCCGGAAGCGGAACCUCGGCUCUCACAAAACGGUGUGGGAGAGGGCAUACACGGUCGCAGUCUGCUGGAAGUUCUACUUCCCGGAUAUUGACAUGCAGGCAUACGGCAUGAAUCCAAACCGUAUUAACAAGUGGCGGGAAGACCUCGACUUCACAACGUGGCUUCCAACAGGGGUGUGGAGCGUCAUCAACGAACUCCACCUGGACAAACCGGACGGAUUCUCACUCGUUCAAACCAACACGGCUCUUCGGCAGCAGCAGGGGGAUGGCUUUCAGGUAGCUUCCUGCGCUGGUGUCGGAAUAACUGCGUGGCAGAAGAUGGUGGGAGGCGUGGAGGGUGAAAACGGCUAUUCGACGGAAGAACACGCAAUCGGACUUGCCGCCACGUUGUCUGUAAUGUGGGCCGCAUCCACGAAUGUGGACCAGACCCAGUGGGAGACGGGCGCAACAACAGCUGCACGUGGAACUUCUACGGCCAUAGCAUCUUCUGCUACCAGAUCGUCCACUGCUGCCACCGCCUCGUCGGCUGCCUCGUCAUCUUCUGCGGCCGAUGUGCCCUCUGCCGUCCACAAUGCCCUUGCGACGCUUGCAGCCUCGGUUGCUUGCGUUGCGGUUGAGGCGAUGAGGUCGGUAAAGGAUCAGGAGCAUGACAAGGAAGCGUGGAUUCUGCCCCUGUCGGAUGCGCUGCUGAAAGCGCUUCCGGCAGAGUCGCGAGCGGCCGAGGAUGCAAAGCGGAUGACGAGGGUGGUGGCAAAGGUGGUGACCUCUUGGUGCCUAUGCAGCAUGGCAUCAAGAGGCCUUCGCCAGCACCAGGGCGUCUGGCUCGGAGUCCUGCAGAAGAAGUUGGGCGGCCGGGAUACCACAACAGGGGCGGAUAAGGAGAAGAAAACCAAGAAAUCGUCCGCAAAGGGGAACGCGACGAAGGAUGCGUCGACGGAGGAGAACACCAGCACUGGCGGCCAGGAGUGA